AGAACAGGUGGAGGUGUGGACAGGUAGAGAGAGAGAGAGAGAGCAUUCACAGUGAAGCUCACUUUACCUGUAGGUCAGGUGAGAGGGAGGGAAGAGAGAGGCAGGCUGGAUCCGCACUAUGCUGAGGGAGUCCCCUCACCUGGAAAGAUGUACGUGAGCUACCUGCAGCUGGAUAAGGACCCGGCGAUGUACCCGCACCAGAACCCGGUGUCGCGCCACCCGGGCCUCAGCCUCAGCCCGCAGAACUUCGCGGUCCCGGCCCCGCCGCAGUACCCGGACUUCUCCAGCUACCACCACCACCACCACCACCACCCCGGCCUCAACAACGAGCUGCACGCAGCCCAGCAGGCCGGCCCGGGGCCCGGCGGCUGGAGCCCGGCAUACCCGCCUCCUCCGCCGCGGGACGAGUGGUCGUCGCACCAUUACGCAGCGGCGGCGGCGGCCGCCGCGGCCGGGGGGCCUCCCGCGGUGUCCACCGUGUCCGGCCCCAGUUUGGGCUUCAGCCCCCCGGAGUUCACCGGACAGCCACCCGCGCUGAUGCCCACGUCCCUGAACGCGUCGGCGGGACAGCAGUCCCCCGGAUCCCCGCAGAGGAGGAACCCGUACGACUGGAUCCGACGCAGCUCCGUACCGCCCACCAACCCCAACGGGAAGACGCGGACCAAAGACAAGUACCGGGUGGUUUACACCGACCACCAGCGGCUGGAGCUGGAGAAAGAGUUUCACUACAGCAAAUACAUCACCAUCAGGAGGAAGGCGGAGCUCGCCACAGCGCUGGGCCUGUCAGAGAGACAGGUGAAGAUCUGGUUCCAGAACCGCCGGGCCAAGGAGCGCAAGAUCAACAAGAAGAAGCUCCAGCAGCCAGCCUCCUCCACCACCACGCCCACCCCUUCUACCGCCACCAACGGAGGCGGCGGCAGCGGCCUCCACGGAAACGGUGGGAGUAGUGCCGCCAUGGUGACGAGCAGCAGCGGCGGCAGUAAUGGGCUGCUGUCUCCUUCCUCUAUGCCUUUAAACAUCAAAGAGGAGUACUGAGGAGAAGAAAAAUACGUGUUAUUGGACGCUGAUGUCGGGGAUGUGGACUAAAGAAAUUCUCCCCUACAAACUAAAAACUUUUGGCAUCACAUGCUGCCUCUUGCCGCCUUUCUGUCCGCCCUCUUCAAGCUAAAGCUCGAACGGGCUACCUCACUAGCAACAGAACUUUCUCCUUGUUGCAGAUAAUUCCUAACUGUGAUUAGACAUUUGCUUGCUGGGAUGUCGCCAGGAGAAAUGAAAUCCAGGACUUUCAUCACUCACUGACCUUCGAAUCAGCUCUUCACUCUGCCAGAUCCGACGCCGGGUCCGUCGUUGCUGUUUGUCCGAACUUCCUUCAAACUCACAGAACUUUAUUCUAAGUUCUAGCUGAGAACCCAGAGUUCCCAACGACACCUAAAUGAUGCACAUGACAUGCCAGAAUAUUUCCAUUUGAUGGAAUCAUGCAGCUAUAAAAAUAUGUCUUGGCUUUGAAAAUUUCAGUGUAAACAUCUUUUAGCUUCAACAAAGAGCUGCAGCAAGCAUAUACAGAAUUUAUACCAUACUGUCUGACAGUGUGGAACAUAUAUUUGUGUUUUUUAAGCUACCCGAAAAGGGAUUUUCAGGUUAAAUUCGCUUUGUGUUUUGCUUGAUGAUGAUGCAUUUAUGAAAACAAACAUCCUGCUUUGUUAAGAAUUGUUUUCUCAGCCCAUAGAGGAAAAUAAAAUCCAGUGACAGAA